AUGUCGAACCCUGGAGAGUCGAGUCCUGCGGCCCCUCAGGGCCAAGCGGGGGCCUCCAGCCGCCCACCUUUCAUCACCAGCACUGGCUCGAUGCUAUCGGGUUUACCGGAGCCGCCCCGCACUCACCCUUCAACUCUUGGUGCCGAGGCUCCCCGUACGGAUCCAACUUCAAACCCGAUUCCAGCCGGCUCAACCCCCGACGCUGAUGCGGCCGCCCCCUUGCUUCCCACAACCCCCCCGGCUCCCCCGAAUACCGAACGCCGGCGGCAGGCUGCCACCCUAAGGCAGUCCUCCUCCCAUGCGAACAACAAUCGUGGCUCAGAUUACGACAGUGACGAUGAAGCUGAUUUCCCCGAUAUCCUCGAGGAUGAGCAGAAUGCCUUGCGAUUCAUCGAGCAACACCUCGCUACUGGCGCCCCAAUCCCGUUGCGGGUUGGAGAUGUGGAUGAGGCUCGGAUCCGCGCACACCAGCUACUCCGUGGUCAAUUGUCUAGCAAGCGGGUGGCAUCAAAGGGUGCUCUUUCUUCUCUGCAGAGCGUUGAAAUUAGCAGUCUGCCUGAGAGUGAGCGGAUGUGCGUGAUCUGCUACAACGAGUUCGGCGUGCGCAAUCCCGAGGGCAUUAAUGAGGCCCCACUCCGGCUGCCAAGGUGCAAGCAUGUCUUUGGUGAUCACUGCAUCAAGAAGUGGUUUGAAGAGUCGGACAGCUGCCCUUAUUGCCGAGACAAGGUGCCUUCGGAACCCCAGUUUCGGGCAAACUACGAAGCUCUGAGGGACUUCUUCUUGAGAAGCUCGUAUACAUCCCGGCAACAUGCUAGGCCUCCUCCCGUUGGCGAGAAUCGAGGAGGCACUGCAGGUUCUGCGAGCACGUUGAGCAUGCAUCGAGCCGAGGCUGAAGCCUACGUGAGGUAUAUGUCACAGCGUGAUGAGAACCGAUAUGAUGGUAGCCCACCGCGGGCCUGGCACACGGGAGACCGUCGCUCGCCUCCUUCCGAGGCUCCGGAGAUGCGGAGACGCACUCGCCCUCGCCACGGGAGCGUCCGAACCUUGCCAUCGAACAACGGACCCAGCAACAGCCGCCCAAAUUCGUUUGGGGGAGUCGUCCCCUCGGCCCCUCCGCAGCCGAGCCCGGCCCGUGAGCGUGUAAAUCCCCCUAACCUUCCGUCUAAUUGGUAUCCAUUUUCGCACGAUCCGCGACGAUCACUGACACCGCAUUUCGCCCGACAGCUUUCAGCGGCCAGCCAUGGGCCUUUCAACUACAACGGAGGCGGCCCUGGCGGUGGCCGACAGAUGCCCCCAGUGAUGCCGCUCCAUUUAGAUCCCCUAGGGCUCGGUCCGGUUCACAUGUCAAACACACCCCAUCCCGGUUUCACGCCUCCGCUGUUGGUGAAUCCCGGGCUCCAUGAACAGGCAUACCCGCACACACAUGAUGGUGGUGCCGGAAUGUCUCAUAUGGAGCCUCCUGCCAUAGGACUUGGUGGGAACUUCUCCGGUGUGCCGGGUGUGGCGAGCUUCUUCCAGGACCUUCCCCCGCUGGCUGGGCCCAGCUAUCCCACCGCCUCGAACGGGAGCGGUAACCAUUCACCCCAAUGGUAGCAACGGCCCGGGUACUCAUCAAAUCCCGGGACGCCCGAGCUACGGCUCCACACGGCAGUUGUGCCUCGUCUAUAUUUUACAUACAACACUUUCAUGACCCCUGACUGCAGACGAAGAACACGGCAUCCUCUUAUUACGAGGCGACAUUAUAGAUUUCAUUUUCA